AUGACGCCCGCCAGACAGCUGCUGCGCCACUGGAGGUCCGCCGUGGUGGUACUAGCCCCGGCGCUGCUGGCUCCCCUCGCGCUGCACGGACAGGAGGGCCGCUGCGCGCUGGUGGUGGUGCUCAUGUCCGUGUACUGGAUGACGGAGGCCCUCCCCCUGCCCGUCACCUCGCUGCUGCCCGUGGUGCUGUUCCCGCUGCUCGGCGUGCUGGGCACAGACAAGGUCUGCGCCGCCUACCUGCAGGACACCAACAUGAUGUUCAUAGGUGGACUGAUCGUCGCCAUAGCCGUGGAGCACUGCAACCUGCACAAGAGGAUCGCCCUCAACGUGAUCCUGCUGGUGGGCACGAGCCCCAUGAGGCUGAUGAUGGGCUUCAUGCUGACCACCACGGUGCUGUCCAUGUGGAUCUCCAACACAGCCACCACCGCCAUGAUGGUGCCGAUAGUGCACGCCGUGCUCGACCAGCUCAACGAGCAGAGGAAGGCCGAGAAGGGACAGCCGUCGUCGGCGCCGUGUGUGGUCAGCACCCCCGACUCGGAGCAGGCCAGCGGCGUGUUCGACCCGGAGACGCGGCGCAAGUCCGUGUGCAGGCCCGACUGCGGGCCGCAGGGGCACCCGGACGCCGAGACGGUGUGCUACUUCCUGGGCGUGGCCUACGCCAGCAACCUGGGCGGCGCGGGCACGCUGACCGGCUCCGCCACCAACCUCACCUUCAAGGGCCUCUGGGACCAGCUGUACCCCGGCGGCGAGGGCGCCACCUUCGCCACCUGGGUGGUCUUCAACGUGCCGCUCAUGCUCGUCAACGUGCUGGCCGCCUGGCUCUGGCUGCAGAUACUCUUCAUGCGGCUGUUCAGGAGGGACAGCACCAACUCGCAGACGAGCCCGCGGAGGGCGCAGGCCAUCGAGGACGUGAUCCGCGCCGAGGUGGACCGCCUGGGGCCCGUGACGUUCCACGAGGCGUGCACGCUGCUGCUGUUCGUGGCGCUGGUGCUGCUGUGGUUCUUCCGGCAGCCAGAGUUCAUGCCCGGCUGGGCCGCCGCCGUCUCCCCCGUACCUGUGAUGGACGCUACUCCUGUGAUGCUGAUAGUGAUUCUCUUCUUCAUACUGCCUUCGGAACUCAGCUUCCUGUCCUACUUCAAGAGGAAUGAGAGGAAUGCGACAAAGCCCGCCCCCGCGCUGCUCAACUGGAAGCUGAUCCACGAGAAGGUUCCUUGGGGACUCGUCUUGCUGCUGGGAGGAGGCUUCGCGAUGGCGGCGGCCAGCAAGGAGUCGGGCCUCUCGGAGCUGCUGGGCCGCAAGCUGGCCGGCCUGCAGGUGCUGCCGCGGGUGCUGAUCCUCGCCGUCGUCUGCACCGCCACCACCUUCAUCACCGAGGUGUCGUCCAACACGGCCGUGGCCAACAUCGUGCUGCCGGUGCUCGCCAACAUGGCCGUGCAGAUGGGCACACACCCGAUGUACUUCAUGAUGCCGGCCACGCUGUGCUGCUCGUAUGCCUUCAUGCUGCCCGUGGCCACGCCACCCAACGCCAUAGUGCUGGCCGCCUCCAACAUGCGCACCACGGACAUGAUCAAAGCUGGCUUCGGCAUGAACAUCAUCUGUCUGCUGAUACUGCUCGUGCUGUUCCCGACCUUCGGCUUCUACGUCUACAGCCUGGGCGAGUUCCCGAGCUACGCCAACGUGUCCGCAGUCGCCAACACGACUCUGGAGGUCGCCAUGCUUCGCAACAUCUGAGAGUCUAGAAGAAGAACUUCUCGUCUAUACGGCGGAACCCCAAGCAUUUGUGAAGUACCAACCUCACCCGCCGGGACUCUUACACAUAAAUAAAACUCUUCAAUUUUAGAGGCCCGAAAAAUUCGUUUCUAAGGCAACUCGAUGGACUGGACUUGUAAAAUUGUCUAACAUCAUUCUGUUUGACCAUAUUUCACAUGACAUCCCCUGAAAGCCUCCCUAGGGAAAACCAUCCCGCCAGCAAACGAAAUGCCAGAUCAUGUGCGGCAUCUUAAGGCACGGUGGGAACACUUCUCAGGUUCGAGACGAAACAGUGUGAUAACUUACGAUCAAGACAGCAAGUUUUUUUCAUUCUCAUUCUCUUCAGCAAUAUCUGAAAAUUCUGGCCAUUUACUUAUCAUCUGCCUAGCGUGUAAGGACUCCUUAUUUUUAUGCUCAGGCGAGAUACAUUACUUAAGGUACCUAUAUUACUGAUAUUUAAGUCUGCCAAUUACAUUGUUUUAUUGAAAGCAAUAAUAGCUCCAAAAUUUAAAAAAUAUAUAAGUAUAAGUUUAUGUACAUGCCUUAUUAACUUUUUAAGAUCUAAAGUAUUUCGCACAAACCUAAAAUAAUUUUGUGGUUUAUAAUUAACUAUGUGAUAAUAAUUUUGUACUUAAAAAAAUCUAUGUAUUUAUUUUGUGCUUAAUUUUUU